CGAAGGGCGCGGGAAGAAAGCUCCCGGGGAGGAAGGUACAGAUUAGCACGUGGUUCCUGCCGGAACCAAUGAGGGUCAGCGAUCUCGGCCUCGGUCACCCGGCCGGCAGGGAUGGCCCAGAGGAAGGCGCAGUACAGGACACUGGGCGUCUGCCCGCUGUGCUUGCAGCGACAAGAGGGGAAGCUCAGGGCGACACCCAGAGGGUGACCGGGGACACCCCAGCCCCGCCUCCUCCGCCUUCGGGAUGCCGCUGAACCCUGUCACCUCCACCCCCUUCUCGGUCAAUGAUAUCCUGAGGCUGGAGCCAGAGCAGAUAGAUCCCGAAUUCUUGCAACUCCAGGAGGCACCGGGGAGCCCUGAAAGCUUUCAGUGCCAGCGACCGGUCCCAGAACCGCGAAAGUCAGAGGUUCACAGCACCUGCAGCGCCCGCGGCGGAAACAGCGACAGAACCGACGAGUCGGGGUGUCCUGGUGGUCCCCCCGAGACGCUCGCAGAGAUGGACUCAGAACGCGUGGAGGAGCCACAGCCGGGCCUCAGCGCAGCCUCGCCCCUCCGCGGCGGGACCAGGGGGCCAGAGCUCGGCGUCGGCGACCCCGGCAGCGGCGCGCGCGGGACCGUCCCCGAGCAGCCCAAGGCGCGCCAGCGGCGGAAGCCCCGCGUGCUCUUCUCGCAGGCGCAGGUGCUGGCGCUGGAGCGGCGCUUCAAGCAGCAGCGGUACGUGUCGGCGCCCGAGCGCGAGCACCUGGCCAGCGCGCUGCAGCUCACGCCCACGCAGGUCAAGAUCUGGUUCCAGAACCGGCGCUACAAGUGCAAGAGACAGCGCCAGGACAAGUCCCUAGAACUGGCGGGCCACCCCCCGGCGCCGCGCCGGGUGGCGGUGCCCGUACUGGUGCGGGACGGCAAGCCCUGCCUGGGCCCCGGCGCGCCGGCUUUCUCGGGCCCCUACGGCGCCGCCUCGGCGCCCUAUUCCUGUUACGGCGGCUACGCGGGCGCCCCAUACGGCGCCGGCUACGGCGGCGGCUACGCGGGCGCGCCCCCGGGUCCUGCGGCGCCCGCACCCCUGGCCAGCGCGGGUUUCGGCGGGGGUGGCCCCGGCGCCGGCCCGCAGAGCCACCUGCCCGCCGCGCUGCAGGGCGUCAGGGCCUGGUGA